UAUCGUGUUGGCUCUCUUUCUGUGUCCCCGUGUGUUUCGCGCGAUACCCAUAAGAGUUCUGAACGAAGUCAAUUGUACGUUCUCUCACAUAUUUGUACAAUAGAAAUUGUUUCGGCUUCGUUCGCGCGUAUCGCACAUUUUUUUUCCAUACAGUGGUGUGUACGUGAUAUUUUUACACUUUGCAAAUUUAGCAGAUACAUUGUCGUAUCUUGCACAGUUCGGCAUUUUUUGUUUCUGUAAAAAUUUUUUUCUGUUCUGUUUUUUCUGCACCUCAGUUCUUUGGCGUGUAACGAAGAGAAAUACUUAAAAAACUGUGAUUUCAUCUUGCUGUUUCAUUGACGCGCAUUGACAUAAGUUAAAGUCAACUGUGUACACAUAAGCUUGUGCAGUGACAGUUGUGCGACGAUACACGCAAAAGCAUUUACUCUGCAUUUUUGUCUUCACUAUCAGCUGAAGCUCCGUAAUACUGACUGUCAUUUUGCGGGAUUUUUUUUAUUGAACUCCCACACCGUACGUGCCAUCAACCCUUUUGACGCUGGACAAUCAGACCCAAGUACAUUAGAGUGAAACAUUAGAACUUUCGAGUGUAACUCGCAAUUUUUUACCCCGCAAAGCUCACUUCAAUUAAAAAAUCAGUGGAGUGUACAGCUAAGGCAGAACCUAUGGAAAGUGAUCCUUACGAAGAUCCGCCCUAUAGGAGAUUUCGCAGGUGACUUUUGGAUACGUGUACACCCAGCAUAACCGGCUCCAGCAAGCACUCAGUGUACAAACACGGAAGCGCGUGCGCCUAAGUUCAACCACGUGCCGCGCGUAAUCAUCAGAUCACCGACACGUGUUCCACACAGCACGUCAGUGGGAAAAAAGAUACAAACUUUUGCGCUGAAUUGAGCGGAGCGAUCGGGAUUGGAGAAAUUUAAACUCUAAGCUCGAUCUUAGAUUAGAGGAUAUUAAACUCGGACUUUCCAAAAGUGCGAGUGUGUUUUUGACUGUUUGAGAAAAUUUAAAAAAUACGCACACCACUGAGACGUUUGGAUUAUUGAAACUUUGACCAAGUCGAAUUAGAAACAAAAAUGGCCAUCCCUAUUACGAAUCCUUCAGAUGAAGAGGAGCUUUACCGCGUCAGGCAACUGUAUUUGGAAAAGCUGUUGCUGGAUGUAUACAAGGCACUGCAGAACAUAAUGGUCAUCAGAAGCGCCCAGUACGAAUACUUGCAGUCCAGGAACCCUCGACUACCACGCCGACAGUCCUCGGAGCGCGAGUCGCGCGACCAACAGAUGUUGCUGGUUGACUCGGACCUCUCGCGACUACCACUGCCAGACCUAGUGCUCUCCGCCAUGCAACAGAUGCCACCACCACCACCCCAGGUGACCUCCUCGGCACCCAACAGUCCGACCCGCGACGCGACCUUCCAGUUCCCGGAGUGCGGAGGCAUCGCCAGCAACAACACCAAUAGCAACACCCACAGCAACAGUAAUUUAAGCAGUGCAAGCUCACUGGAGAACAUAAUUGCCGGCGCCAACAUAUCGGCUAUGAUGCCAUCGGCGAUGGCACCGGUGCCAAGUCCGAGACCAAAGCCCCGUAGGCGCAGGCUCACGUCCGAGGGAUCAUUGCCGGACAAAGCAGAAUCGAGGCUUGAAUGCAGCGCCACACACGGUAACUGCUGCGUGCACCAUCUUGCCAGUAGCCUAGACGAGAGGGAGUGGGCGACCGUAGGGGCUAAUCUCAGGACCAUCGCUGACGACUUCCACGCAGCUAAAACCAAGGACGCCGAAGUAGAAAAGUCAAGGCUGCCAUUCAUCGGGUCGAGCAGCGCCACCAGCUUGGCGGAUGUUGUGAGCUCAGCGCACAGCCCAACGACUGGAUCGACGGAGGGCUUACUGUCCUCGCUGAUCCCGGCGCCGUUUCGAGAAACCCUCUGGACGACGAUAGCCCUCUAUCUGGGUUGGCGGCUGGUCUCACGCCUGCGAUAGGUUCUCGGCUGCAAGGCGCCUCGCGGCCACGCCCUUACCUCUCCGUGCUCCCUUUUAAUCGGACCCCGUGCUUAGAGCACUGCUCAGGGGAGACGUUCGAUGAAGGAAGGGAAGAUGCUUGCUUUUUUGAUGAUAUUGGUAAUCAAAAAUCAACGCGAUCAACCUUUGUUCCGGUCGCAGCCGACGCUGGUGGUUUUAAGGAUGGCCUCUGAGGAUGAGGCUUUUCUUGAAAGAAGCAGAAAAAGAGAAAGAGAGAGAGAGAGAGAGAGGCUUCGAUACUUAAAAAGAUGACGAGGACUACAGAGAAGACGUCUAUUGCCAGAGAGAGGAGGAGAGAGAGAAAAGUGGUGAGAGAAGAUAUAAGCGAGCAAGCUCUCUGCAGCAAUACUUCUUCCGAUCGUGUCUUUUACUUUUUAACUAUUGUAUAUACGCGCUCAUCGUCCGCGGCUUUCUGGUGCUCAAGAACACAAGGCAUCCGUGUGCCCUCCGAUCUUAUACUAGUAGGAUUGUUGUUCUAACGUCGAUGUUGGAGGAAUCAAAUUCAAAAUCGACGGAGUAAGAAAUUAAAUAAAACAAAAAAAAAAAAAA